AAAGCAGAAGUGUGACAAGCAGACUGACAGCGGACUCCCCAUGCCCCCCGCCCCCAUGGCGCUUCUUGGGUCUGGUUUAGUACCGGUGCCUUGAGGGAGCCUUUGCAACUUCAGUUUGAGACUUCACUUACGCCAUGAAUCAUCGAAAUUGACACUAGAAAUGAACACACUUGAGUAUGCUCUAUGCCUGUGAGCUCCCUGACCACCUCACGACUUUGGAAAGACAGGAAGGAAGGCGUGGGAGUGCCGGCCCCUGAGAACAAGCUCCUUCCCCUUGGCCUUGACCUUCCUGCUUCCCGGCCACGAUGGAGACGCUCUCCCAAGAUUCCUUGCUGGAAUGUCAGAUCUGUUUCAAUUACUACAGCCCCCGGCGAAGGCCCAAGUUGCUGGAUUGCAAACACACCUGCUGCUCGGUGUGCCUCCAGCAGAUGAGGACGAGCCAGAAGGACGUGAGGUGCCCCUGGUGCCGGGGCAUCACCAAGCUGCCCCCGGGCUUCUCAGUGGCACAGCUCCCCGACGACCCCGAGGUCCUUGCGGUCAUCGCCAUCCCGCACGCGUCUGAGCACACCCCAGUCUUCAUCAAACUUCCCAGCAAUGGGUGCUACAUGCUGCCCCUGCCCAUCUCCAAGGAGCGAGCGCUGCUGCCCGGAGACAUGGGCUGCCGCCUGCUGCCCGGGAGCCAGCAGAAGUCCGUCACCGUGGUGACCGUCCCGGCUGAACAGCGGCCUCUGCAGGGCGGGGCGCCCCAGGAGGCGGUGGAGGAGGAGCCAGACAGGCGGGGCGUGGCGAAAAGCUCCACGUGGUCCGGGGUGUGCACUGUGAUCCUGGUGGCCUGCGUCCUCGUCUUCCUGCUGGGCAUCGUGCUGCACAACAUGUCUUGCAUUUCUAAGCGCUUCACUGUGAUCUCCUGUGGCUGAGCAGGGCUGCAGGGGGAGUCUCUCGUGGGUGCCAACUCGGGGUUGAGCCAGGUGUUGGUGAUGGGAUCGCAGCGAGAAGAUGAGGGGCGACGCUGAUCUUUUGGUGCCAGCGCCGGCCUCUGGGCUGCCACUUGAUUAACCGGAGACAGACACGAAGGGAAGACGUGAGGUCUCAACGAGAUACCGGGCAAAUCAUUCUGAGUAUUGGUGGCAACAGCUUCGAAAACGAUUGCAUGCAUCCUCAUAAUCACUUAUUAAAUGGACUGUAAUUUAUGAUUUUUCAAAAUCAUGUUACGAGAUAGACGUAUUCUACUUAGACAUUAAACCGUGCAAGUGCAUACAAUGUGAUCUUCUCUAAAUGUGGUAGAUUAACGCAAAGAUGCUAUGUAUACAAAUAGAAUUAAACCUGAGAAUCCAGGUAAAAAUUCAGCGACAACAUGCAGUGCUGGUUUCUUAUCCCUUUUUAAUGGAAAUCCAGUCUUCAUUUAGUUGCUAAGGCUUUUUAUACUUUUUGAAUGGCACCCAAAUUAAAAUAAGUGAAGUGGAUGGUCUUUUUUUUUUUUUUUGAAGAAAAUGUCUGAACACGUGUUUCCAAUGUGUUGUGUUUUGGUAUGUACCUUCAUUUUUCUUCCCUUGUAAUUAGAGCUCGCUACAUGUUUAUUAAACUGAAAGCCCAACAGGGGAGCAAUAAACUGAGUAAUAAUGAGAAAUGUCUAAUCCCACAGGAACCCUAUAUGCCAGUUUUUCUCAAGCCAUCUCACGAAAUAAGAAUCUUAAAUGUAAAUAUUGUGUAUUUGUGUGUGUGUGUGUGUGUGUGAUUUGAUUUACCUCAGGUUUUGAACCUUUUCAGAAGAAUCCCAGGAGUAAGACUUUGUGGGCCUGAAUGAGUCCAGGGUCUGACUCGGUGGCCACCUCUCGAGCGCUGGGACCUGUCCAGUGAAGUGUCACACACUCGUCGCUUCCAACAUUUGCUCCUGUUCUGUGUAUUCAAGUCCUGUAUUCUGUGAGGCACAAAUGGAGACUAACAGAAGAUUCUGUCUUUUCUCCUGGUUUAGAGAAAGAUGCUGCCAAUCAGUGUUGUUUCCACACAAGACGUGUCACCGGUCGGUUGAUCUGUCAUCCUUGACCUGGAAGGAGAAACUGUUCCUUGCCAUGUCCAUCAUUCCCAGUAAAACCUCACUUACAAGGUAACCCAUACUCAAACAGAAGGUCCAAAAAAGAAUGAAGUAAUCAAGAAAAUUCAGUAGCUGUGUUGAAAGUAGUCGUCUAUCUCAAAAGCAAUGAAGAUCAGUUAAAUUUUAUUAAGCAUGAAAUACUUCUAAAAAAUAAGUGGAAAUUCAAGCCAUUGAUUUUUUCCAACACGAUUCACUGUAUAUAGAUAUAUAUCUGUAUCUGCACAUAUAGGUAUAGACAUAUAUAUAGAUACGCACACACACACGACUCAGCUGUAACAGGAGUUAAAAAUCAAAUAAAAAUGUUGUUAGUCAUGUUUUCCAAUUUGUGGGUUAUAUAAUGUUGAAUUUAGAUGUUAUUUUCUUAACAAAUGCUAUAGGCUGCAUACAUUAUAUCAAACCAACCACCUUUGGGAAUGUCAAGAUAAAUAAACCCUUGAGACUUCAAACAUGAAGAAGUGGGUUCUACUGUAUACAUUUAAUUGGAGAGCCAUUGGUGAUUGAAGAACAUAAGCAGGUGGGGCAUUUAAUUUCCGUCUUUCAAAUGGCUUGUUUUUUGGCUCUGCUCAAGCAUCAUGGUUGGAGUACCAUUAUUCCUGAACUCUUGCAACAUGGCUCCAAUUUUUCUGCACAAGUUUUCUUGCACAGUUGGGCCAAUGGAUUUUUUUUUUUCAGGAUUCACUGCCUGGGGUAUCCCACUAUAUAUAUCUCACUUAUGAUGUAGUGGUGCUUGAAAACCCUCAUCUGAGAUUUUUGAUACUAUUCAUAUUAUGAUCUUUUUAGGGACAAUCAGUAAUAUUUGGGGCAAAGUACAGAGGAGUCUCUUGAAGUCUGCAACAGCAUGCACUUUCUUUGUUUUUCUGGGGGUGCUCUCUUAUAGUUGUCCCUGUUCUUCUAGAACACUGCUCUAAAUUCAUCACCGCGGGAUGUAGGGCUAGUAGCCUGUGUGACAGUUUUCUGUAUUCUCCCUGUGAGUUAUUGGGUUGUUUUAACAAGAGUUUUCCAAAGGGAUGUUCCAUUUUUAAUUUGACAUUUGCUUUUUGAGAAUCUGGAAGUAGACGAUUGAAUGUGAGGGUGGUAAAGGAGCAUGGGCUGUAAGGAGGAGGAAAAAGGAGGGAGAUGUCCCCUUGAAGGGGAACAGGUAUCGACCUCAGUCUAUGUCAUCUCUAUUUAAACAGUGGGAAGACAGCAGCUGCUAUCGUACACGGUGCUUCAGGAAACUCCUGGUCUGAUUUUCUGGCUGAGACACAGAUCCUGUGUGGGAGCAGUGGAGACAUGGCCUCGGGUCUCUAACAAUAGAUAGAUGUGCCCAAGACAGUGAGAAAAUAUUUGCUUGAAAAGAGAGAAAUCUGUAAUGGGAUCAUGGGCGGAGAACAAAAUAUAUAGGAGCCAAUGUUCAGUCGUGGCAGAAACCAGCUGAAGACUAGGAAUAACUUAGACAAGCACAAUUUGUCAUUCUAGAAUGGCCUACCAAAUUCAAAGCCAGAUGUUUUAAGUUGAAGACCUAUGGGGAAUGGGCUCGGCCGAGGAGAGGAUCCAAGGAGGCCCCCCCUGGGUUGUCUACACACUAGACAAUCUCAGUGCCUGCUCUAGGGCCGGUUGCUGAGUCAUGAUAGACAAACUCUAAUUGGAUACCCUCUUAGCAGUGGAAUGUGGUGGCCAUGCCUAUGGAUGUAUCCCGACUUGAGUAGGUCGAUACUAUUGGGAAGACUUGUUCAGGAAUAUUUCGGUUUUCAAUCCUGGUUGUUGUCAUUUAUUAUAUUAUCUUUAUUCUACCACUUGUUCCUGUUUGCCUCACUUGACAGUUGCAGGUGGGGAGGCUGGUUUCAGCUUGGGGUGGGUACAGACUCCCCCCAAGUAAGCCGUGCAGCUGCUCUGCAGGGUUCCUGCCGGCCUUCCAGCCCCACUGGUGGGUUCCCUGGCCCUCUUGAUAACUAAUACUCCAGUCAGAUGGCUAGAUGAAUGCUGCUCAGAGGCUAACUCAAGUCCUUGACAUGUUUCAUUUAUAAUUAUGUGGAUGAUUUAUUUUAGGAGCUUUUCUUUUAAAGGGCCAAAUAGCCCUACAAAUAAAUGAGCUGCUGGGCUGUGUAGAAAAUAUUGUUCAAAUGUUGCCAAAUAAUUGACUUUCUAAGGGGGGUACCAAGCUGCUGUUUAUAAAUCUGAAUGUCUUAAAGCAUUCUUGCUUGCUCUCUCUGGUGUAGAUGGUGUCUUAGCAAGUCCUGAGUUUUUCCAAUGAACCCAAUUUUAAUAUAUGGUAUUUUUGUAUGCUGAACUGGUGUCUUGUCCUUUGUAUAUGUGGUAAUGUUGAUUUUAUGACUACUGUUAAAACACAUUUGCUAUGAUUAAAAUUCAUAAAAUGAUUUCAAAUAGA